UCAGAAGACAUGCAAUAUAUGCUACGGCUAAUGCUAAACCCAGAGGCCUGCAAAAGAGCCACCACACAGCAGCUGCUCUCUCUGCCCUCUGUGUGUAAACGCAAGUGGAAACGACAGCUUUCCCUCUGCAUCAUUGAGAGCUUUCUGUCCUUAUUCCACUGGUGUCAGUCCCUGCUUACAGCUGGUUGGAAUUUCAUAUCCUCUCUCAAUAUGUUGUUUACCUCUGUUUAUGAGACCUCAUCAACCUGUACUCCUCCAAGAGAGAGGUGGGAGAGGGAUGCAGACAUAAGCAACAUUUACUCCGACUCAGAAAGCCCCAUUCCUGACUAUGUGUUCCCUCCAGAUGGUCCUGAACACUCUCCUACUUUCACCCACAGAGUCCAGGAACGCAUAUCUGUUGGCAGUACUUCUACGCCACUGUCAAAUACACACAUCAACGACACACACACAUCAUUGCACAGCAAGCACACACACUCUCCCUCCAGAAUCCAUUCCAGCAGCAGCUUGAGCCUGGUUCAUCACAGCUCCCAGCACUGUAUCAAAGACUCACCCUGCAGCCGAGAGAGAAGCUGGAUCACUGCUGAACUGUCUGAUAAAAGUAACUUUGAGCCGAAGAACUUGCUUAGUCUUUUUGAUGAGGCCACCCUAGAAAGCAAGCCUUGAGUUGUGAAUGCAACACUUCUAUCAGUAUAUAGCCAAUGUCUAAUUUUAAAUUGCCAUCUGACCUUUUGUAAGAUAACUUUCCUUUAUGUGGGGAAACAUUUAAACCUGGUUUGAUUAUAGUUUUUCCUUGUUGUUUUUGUUUGUUUGUUUUUUUGGCUGGUGCAAGUGUGGCAUAGUUUGCCAAGACCUCAGAAGACUUGAGAUACAUGCAUAUCUUUAAGAGAAAAUUAUAUCCUGUGUAAAUUGUACAGAAAUUUUGCAACAUGUUUUUCAACAUGUUGGCAUUUCUGUCAGAAUAAAUCAACUCGUUCAAUGAUUUGACACUCAAUUAAAAGGCUGUAUGGAAAUAGCAUCAACACACCACUCCUAAGUUACUCUUUCCUAUAAUAAGUUUUAUUAGCAUUCGGCCGGGGUCACUUCAGACAAAGCAGAGCAACCCCACAAGCAGAAAAAUACACACACAUUUAUGCCUUGCUGUUUUUGUUAAAAAAUAACCAAGUUACAUGAGGUGUGCAUAAGCUGAACAGUUUCUACAAUUUGAUUGAUUACACUCAUCUGGGCUGAUAGUGGCAGUUGAUGUUUCCUAGUGAUAAUUACUGAAGUCUAGACUGUUUAAUCAUGAUAUGCAUAAACCGUUGAUUGGCCUCACACUAGUUCCAAUUUCUCUGGGGGCCUAUUGUUUCAGUGUUACUUUUUACCUUCCUAGAAGCAUAAGCAUGCAC